AUGUAUGAAGGCAAUAAAUCGUGUCCAUCCGGUGUGAAUAUUAAUGAAAUUCGUAAACGUUUGGAACGUACGGAGUUCUGUGAUACCACGUCUGUGCGUAAUCCAUCUGCUGACGAAUGCGCAUCGAAAGCAAUUCCGACACUCACCGCUCACUUGGACUGUACGUCUAGUGAAGUGGUUGCUGGCAUGAAUGAGAAUGCACCACCACGUUUUGAAACAGGCGAUGCAACAUGUUCAAGUCACGUUAAUAAAAGUUUCGAAUCAAGUGUAUCAACAGAGAGUGAUUAUGUGAAUUGGAGUGCAAUUUCAGCGAGAAGUUCAUUUUUGAAUAAUGAACAAUGUACAGUUGAUAAGGAGCAAUCAGGCUCAAAAACACCGACAAGUGUUAAAAGUACUAUAGCUCAUUUCGAUAAUCUCAUAUCGAGUGGCCAAAUCCGUGCACCUGGCGCUACGUCCCGAGAUUCCUAUUCAUCCAGUACAAUCGUGUCCCCUCAAGAAAAUAACUUAGUUGGGAGACCGUCAUCCGAAGCCUCGUGGAGCGAUUUGAGAUAUGAUGCUUCAUCGAUGUCAAGCGAUACUGAAACGAAUAGUUAUAAUGAUUUAUCUGACCUACAAGAUGAGGAAACUUUGCUUGAAAGGGAUACGUCUUUCGAAGAUGCUAAUUCGUUUCGACCAAUCAGGAAAUCUCCUAUUUUCGGUAGCAAUCAGUAUGAGAGCGCUAUUGAAGAGCUGAGGAGCAGCGAAAUGUUUCAAAAGAAUGAGUUGAGAAAGUCCGAUUCGCCGCAAAUGCGUGGAAAAACUCUUUCAGUUGGAAGACUUGUUUCGAGUCGACCACAUCUUCCCAGAAAGAAUCGAGAAGUGAAAAGUCAACCGCUGACAGCAGAAGAUGUGGACAAUGUGGUAAAAAUACGACAUAAAAGUGAUGCAACCGAUAAAAUUGUACCGCAAUCUUCGUCAGGUGAUGGGUUUGAUUCACGUCGUAUGAGUACGAUAAGUUCUAUUAGCGAUGUAACGACAGAUCAUCGUUUAAGCGAUACGAUCGUUUAUUCAACAGGCGAUCGGGCUGAGGAUAUCCGACUGAAAAAACUUCAUUACGCGGCGUACGAAAUUUAUACUGUUGAAAAGAAAUUUGUCGAACAACUUGAUAUUCUUGCUGUGCAGUACCCAAAAUUUCUGAGUGAAUACGGAAAAUCGUAUGGAGUGGAUUUACUAAACGAUCAAGCAAAGGUGAUUUCUUCUAUUUCAACACAACUGCAAAUGUUAAAAGGAGCACACAGCGUUCUUCUUGAGAAAUUCUCCACUAAACUUUCGAAUUGGGAUUCUCGAAGGCCAGAUCUUGCGGAAGUAUUGAAGAAUAAUGCGGCUUUUUUGAAAUUUUGUCUCCCAUAUUUGCUUCAAAAGAAAAAAUUCGCUGACGACCUUAAGAAUCUACUUCAAGCAAACGAAAUUCUCGCUCAAGCCACAUCUAAGUUUGAAGCAGAAACAAGUCAUCAAAUUUCGAUUAUCCAACGACUUGAUAUUGUGCAUCAAAAUGUUGUUCGAUAUAAUAUUUUACUAGAGGCCUACAGGAAAUACCUCAUUCCCGAUUCACAUGAAUUCAACGAAUGCCAAUGUGCAAUAAAGGAACUUGCAAAGGUCUCUGAAGUUGUUAAUGAACGGAUGAGUCAUGCAAUAAUGGAAGAGAGGCUCGUUCAACUUUAUCGUCGACUUGAGAGCCGUUUUAAUGUAUUCGAAGCGAACAGGCAUUUGUUGCACGAAGGUGAACUAAUGAAGCAAUCUCGCAAAGAUAUUCAACCCAGAUAUCUCAUACUUUUUUCUGACGUCCUGCUCAUUUGUAAAUAUUCAAGAACGCCGACUCUCGGUUCGGAAGUAGGCUUUCAAGCUGAUUUCUACCAGUUUCCAAUUCUCAGCGUUCGUGUGAAAGCCGAAGAGCAUGGGGAAUAUGACACUCAUUUUCAGUUAUUGAGCACCAAAAAAAGUGCCGUCUUUAUUGCGAGGAACAAACAUGAGCGAGACGAUUGGGUAAAACGACUGAACAAUGCAAAACGAGAGGCAAAACGUUUAAAACGUAUUCCAGUUGGUCGAAAUGUUAAAGCAGGCGAAUCGUUAUGUUCGGAAGUAGACUCAUCAACAUCGGCAACAAUAACGCCAACUGCCAAUAAAUCAUUAGACAAAGAAACAUCUGAUAAUGAAGCUUCACCAACACUGGUCACUGUGCAUGAAAAGUAUGUGGCACCAUGGGUUCCUGACCCUAAAGCAACUACGUGUAUGAUGUCCGGUUGUAAUACAAAAUUCAGUAUACUCAAUCGAAGGCACCAUUGUCGUGAAUGUGGAGCGUUGAUAUGUGGCAGCUGUGUGGGGUACGCGCCUGUGAGGUGUGCAGAAAAUUUUAUUCGGGAAAAAGUAUGUCCUGAGUGUUACGGAAAAAUAAUGAAUAGAUGGUGUGGAAGUUUCUCGCCGAGCAUUUUCUCGGCACCAAGUAACAGUUGUUUUCGUUCAAAGAAAAAAGUUUCUGAUGGAGGUCAAAAAGGUAUUGUGUCGGGUACCGUCUUUGUCAGGAAUAAACGUUUCGGUGAGACACAGAAAUGGGGUCGUCUUUUCCAACACGCUGAUGGUGCGAUGGUUCUGUGCUUCUAUAAUGCUGAAUUUGAUCCGGAGCCAUGCGCUCGUCAUGUGCUAAUGGGAUUCGAUUUAACAACGAAUCAGUUGGAAGAAGGAGGUGUGUUAUUCGAAUUGAGUCAUUCGAAUCAAGUCAAGGGUGGUGGCCAAGCUCUCUCAAUCGCAUUCCGUGUCGCACACGCUGGCAGCGCUGAACAGUUAGUUUUGUAG